AUGGGAGAUAUGAGCACAUCCGUUACCAUGCCGAGCGAUCAGGUUCCGGCCUCACAGAUCAUCGAGGAGAUUCGGAAGCGCCGCGCCGAUUCCGGUAGGCUCGUCGCCGGCGUUGCUGCGGCGUCCAACAGCGACAUGUUUAAAGGACCUCAAGAUGGAAAACCCAAAGCCAAGCGCUGGGAUCACCACCUCACCGAGGAGAGCAAGCUCCGCCAGCCUUGCGCCCUCAAGCUCGCCGCCCAGCACCUGAAGAAGCCCGGGCUCAUCUCCCUCGGCAGCGGCCUCCCCGCCAGCAGCGUCUUCCCCUUCGCCUCGCUGUCCAUGGCCGUGCCCUCGGUGCCCUCCUUCUCCGAGGCCGCGCCCGUCUCCCCGGCCACCGUCAACAAGUACGACAUCCGCGACGGCGCCGCCGAGUACGACCUCUCCGUCGCGCUCAACUACGGCCAGGCCUGCGGCUCCGCCCAGAUGGCUCGCUUCCUCACCGAGCACGCCGAGGUCGUCCACCGCCCGCCCUACGCCGACUGGGCCGUCUGCCAGACCAUCGGCAACACGGGCGCGCUCGAGCAGGCCGCCCGCAUGCUCUGCGACCGCGACCGCCGCGACGCCGUCCUCACCGAGGCGUUUGGCUUCUCCACCGCCAUGGAGACGUUUGAGCCCCUGCGCGUCGGCGUCUUCGGCACCGCCAUCGACAGCGAGGGCAUCGUCGCCGAGGCCAUGGACGAGCUGCUGUCCGGCUGGGACGAGGCGGCGCGCGGCGGGUUUCGCAGGCCGCACGUCCUCUACACCGUGCCGUCCGGGCAGAACCCGACCGGCGCCACGCAGAGCCCCGCGCGCCGCCGGGCCGUCUACGCGGUCGCCCGCAAGCACGACAUGAUCAUCAUCGAGGACGAGCCCUACUACUUCCUGCAGAUGGACCCCUACGGCCAAGACGCCGCUCCUCCUACCAAUAUUGACGAGUUCGUCGCCUCGCUCGUGCCCUCGUACGUCAGCAUCGACGUCGACGGCCGCGUCCUCCGCAUGGACUCCUUCUCCAAGGUGCUCGCGCCGGGCGCCCGCCUCGGCUGGAUCGUCGCCUCGCAGCAGCUCGUCGAGCGCUACCAGCGCCACGCCGAGGUCGCCUCCCAGGGCCCCAGCGGCUUCUCCCAGGUGCUGCUGCACAAGCUGCUCGAGGACAGCUGGGGCGGCCACGCGGGCUACCUGCAGUGGCUGAUGCACCUGCGCGGCGUCUACGCGCAGAAGCGCGACGCGCUGCUGGCCGCGUGCGAGAGGCACCUCCCGCGGGAUCUUGUCAGCUGGACGCCCCCGGCCGCCGGCAUGUUUGUUUGGCUUACGGUAGAUCACGCGAAACACCCCGACCACGGCACGCGUAAGCUCGAGGACAUUGAGCAGGAGAUUUUCGACGCCGGCAUCGACGGAGGCGUGCUGGUCGCCCGAGGCUCCUGGUUCCGCGCGGAGCAGCACGUUCCGCUCUCUGGGCUCUACUUUCGCAUCACCUACGCGACCGCCAGCCCCGAGGACAUGGACACGGCAACGUCACGAUUCGGCGAUGCGGUUCGCAGCAGCUUCAAAGUAUAG